AUGAUGUCAAUUAUGUCAAAAACAAGAACAACUCGCACUUUACAAGCAGUAGAGAAAGACUUGCUUAAUCUUGGUCUGGCAGGAUUUUGGUCAAGUAUGAACGUGGAAAUAGAGGAUGAUAAAAAUUUAGAACAGGAAGAAGGUAUAGAAGAUAUUUUAUUUUUGCCAGCACCAAUAGAUCCUGACGAAAAUAUAUCAUAUUCUAUUACCAUACCAUACCAUAUGCGCUGCGCAUCACAUAUUUUAAAUUUAAUUGCUUCUGCAGAUAUUAUAAAUAAAAGAAACAAAAACGCUUCAAUGAAAUCUCGACAUACAAACAUUAUAUUUAAGGACUUCCUAGAAUUCUCGGAUAAGACAUAUAAUGCAGUAAUUGCUACUGCAACAAACCCUAUCCUUAAACUAAAAUGGCCUGAAUCAGUUGGUGAAUUGGUUAAAGAAUACACAGUUGAUAUUAAACAGAAUAUUGUAAAUGAAGCUAAAGCGCUAUUGAAAAUUUAUCAAUCAACAGUAUUAACUUUAAAAGAGAAUAUAAAGACAUACACAAACAUUAACUUUAUUGAAUUUCAUGACAAGGAAGACAACUGUGUCACCGAAAAGGAUAGACUCAUAGCACAAGUUCUACAAAUUUUGCAGGAUCCCGAUAUUAAUUUGUCUAUGUUAAAAAAGUAUCGGUACGUACAAAAUGUUUUUAUUACAUUUAAUACUCCAUUACCUUCUUCAGCCCCAGUUGAACGUCUAUUCUCGUAUGCCACCUUUGUAAAUCCGCCUAGAAGACAUGCUUUAUCUGAUGAAAAUUUAGAAAAUCUAAUUCUUUUGAAUUAUAUAAUUAUGAGAAUGAGGGUUAAUGUGCUUGGAAGAUUUAAAAUGAAAUCGAGUCACAAUACUAGAAGUAUGAGAAUAGUUAAAAUGGCGCAAUUAGUUGAUACCGUUUGCCAAGGAAAUGUAAGAGAAAUUUGCGGAGAUAAUAUGAUGGGAUCCACCAGAGAAAGCCAAAAAGAACACCAUACAGAAAGCAUUAAGGUAAAUACUAUAGAUAGUCCCAAAGAAGACCUCGAAGAAAUAAGCCCUACCAAAGACCAAGAGCAGCCUAUUGAUGAAAACCAUAAAGAAAAUCCUGAGGUGAAAACAAAAGAAAACUCAGAAAAAAUUUCAAAAGAAAAGUUUGUAUGCAGUAAUGUUGAAAUUGUAUUCAAUGACGACAAAGAACUUCUUAACUAUGCAGAAAAAGUAGUUUCUUCCUUGACCGAAUCGGAGGAAUCUUCAGAGCAAAAAGGAAUAGAAUCACUGGAAGGUGAAGAUUAUUUAGAACACGACGAUGACCCGUAUAGUCCCGAAGAAAAUAGAAGCUACUUAUGUGAUUACAACGACCCCAUUCACAGAACGAAAAAUAAGAGAAAGAUAAAAACAGUUAAUAUUCUUCAACAAAAGAGAAUAAAUUUCAAUGAAGUUGAUGAUGAAAGUAUUAAUGUUACAGUUCCUAGACCUCAGAUUUUGUUAAAAUAUCUACAAUUCCGCAACCGUCAUUAA